GCGGCCGGCGGCGGCGGAGCGCUGGGAGGCGCGGGCAGUGCGGGCCCGGCCCACCGCCCCGCGCAGGAAACAGCAUGUGGCGCUACCCAUUGGGCCCGCUGCUGCUCCUGCUGCUGCUGCUGUUGCUGCCGCCGCCUGGAGAGCUGGGCCGGGUCACUGGGCGGCGGCGCGGCCGGUCCCGCCGGGAGCUCGCGCCCGCCUUGCACUCGCGGGGCAUCCGGGAUGCAGGAGGACGGUACUGCCAGGAGCGGGACCUGUGCUGUCGGGGCCGCGUCGACGACUGCUCCAUGCCCUACCUGGGUGUCACUUGCUACUGCGACCUCUUCUGCAACCGCACCAUCUCCGACUGCUGCCCCGACUUCUGGGACUUCUGCCUGGGCGUGCCGCCCCCGUUGCCCCCUAUCCAAGGAUGUAAGCAUGGAAGUCGCAUCUAUCCGACCAUGGGGACAUACUGGGACAACUGUAACCGUUGUACCUGCCAGGAGAAUGGACAGUGGGAGUGUGACCAGGCGCCAUGCUUGGUGGACCAAGACAUGAUCAAUGCUGUCAACGAGGGCAACUAUGGGUGGCGGGCUGGGAACCACAGUGCCUUCUGGGGCAUGACUCUGGAUGAGGGCAUUCGCUACCGCCUGGGAACCUUCCGACCACCUUCCUCUGUCUCCAACAUGAAUGAGAUUCAUAAGGUGCUGGGCCCCAGGGAGGUGCUGCCUCAGACCUUUGAGGCCUCUGAGAAGUGGCCCAACCUGAUCCAUGAGCCUCUAGACCAGGGCAACUGUGCAGGCUCCUGGGCCUUCUCCACAGCAGCUGUGGCUUCUGAUCGCGUCUCCAUUCAUUCUCUGGGCCACAUGACACCUGUGCUGUCACCACAGAACCUGCUGUCUUGUGAUACCCGCAACCAGCAGGGCUGUCGCGGGGGCCAUCUUGACGGGGCCUGGUGGUUUCUGCGACGACGGGGAGUGGUGUCGGACCAUUGCUACCCAUUCUCAGGCCAGAAAACUCAUCAGGCUGGGCCUGCACCCCCAUGCAUGAUGCACAGUCGGGCCAUGGGCCGGGGCAAGCGCCAGGCCACUGCCCGCUGUCCCAAUAGUCAUGUCCAAGCCAAUGACAUCUACCAAGUCACUCCUGCCUACCGUCUCGGCUCCAGCGAAAUGGAGAUAAUGAAGGAGCUGAUGGAAAAUGGGCCUGUCCAAGCGCUCAUGGAGGUGCACGAGGAUUUCUUCCUGUACCAGGGGGGCAUCUACAGCCACACACCAGUGAGCCAGGGGAAGCCUGAGCAGUAUCGGCGGCACGGAACACAUUCGGUCAAGAUCACAGGGUGGGGUGAGGAGACUCUGCCUGAUGGAAGAACACUCAAAUACUGGACUGCUGCCAACUCCUGGGGUCCAACCUGGGGUGAGAAGGGCCACUUCCGAAUCGUGCGUGGUGCCAAUGAGUGCGACAUUGAGAGCUUCGUGUUGGGCGUCUGGGGACGUGUGGGCAUGGAGGACAUCGGGCACCACUGAUACCAUGGACCAUGCCAAAGAGUACUAUGCAGGGUGGCCAGUGAGGGGUCCCUAAGGGGUGCCAACACUGCCUGAUAUUGUUGGAUACUGGUGGGUGCUUGGGGUGGAACACCCAACUCAGGGGCCAUAGACACAGCGCCCAGCCUGGGGGCCCCGGGCAGGUGAGGCUGGCAGAGUCCCCGGACCUUCCAGUGGGUGGGGUCAAGACCUAACCUGGGGGGACACAUUUGCUAACCCCCAGGCCUCCCACUCCUACAGAGACCAGCAGGGCCACGAAAUUCCUAAGUCUUUAGCCCUUUCCCGUCCCACUCCUGUAUUCUUCCUCAAAGAUAUUUAUUUUUAUUUUCACUGUUUUAAAAUAAAACCAAAAUCUUGCUAA